GCCAAAUGCAGAUCUCUUGCCCCAAAUGCUGAGCUUGCAUCUGUAACAACCGGAGAUCUGCAUUCACGCUUGGUUUCUCUCUCGACAAACGGUGGUGAAAACAACCCGGUGUUGACGUGGAUAGGAGGCACGGUCAAGAACCAGAAGGCAUCAUGGGUAGACGGGUCGGACUGGAGUUACAGCGACUGGAUGCCCGGACACCCCAACAUCCACACUGAUAAACCAGUGUGUGUGGAGAUGUUCAAGAUAGAUGAGAGCUGGUGGACGGCGGCUGACUGUGACCUGAAGAGAGCGUCCAUCUGCUCAUAUCAGAUCAAUGCAUGAAAACCACAAAGAAACAACAGUUUUUAACAAUCUAACGGACAGAUAUGUUUCCAUCGUCUGCAUCUGUUGAAUAAA